AUGGCUCCAGGAUUCGACCAGCUGUCCGACCACGAUUACGAUGACGAUCUUGAGAACAUCGACUUCAGUGAUCUCAAAGAGCGCUACGAUGUGCGCAUGGAAGAGGGCCUCGACACUUUCGUUGUCAUCGACGGCCUUCCACUAGUCAACCAAGAGCAGAAGGCCAAACUCAUAAAGUUCCUGCUCAAGAGACUGAACUCGGUUGGCAGAAUCAAGGACGGCGAGGAAUCCAUUUUUAUGCCCAUGAAUGAUGAAGGCAUGUCUGAGGGUUUUGCCUUUGUCGAAUAUCAAACCCCCGAACAAGCGGUCGCCGCCACGAAACAGCUGCACGGACAACCACUCGACAAGAGACACACCCUCGCUGUCAACAAGCUCACAGAAAUUGAAAAGUACGGCAGAGAAGGAAGGAUAGACGAGGAAUACCAUCCACCCGAGAUUGAGCCUUUUGCAGACCGAGAACAUCUCAGAUCAUGGCUCUUCGACCCGCAAGCUCGAGAUCAAUUCGUCAUGUUCCGCGGUGACAAUGUCGGUGUUUUCUGGAACCAAAAGAAAGAACCGCCAGAGCCCAUCGUUGACCGCAGGCAUUGGACACAGCUGUUUGUCCAGUGGUCGCCUCAGGGAACAUAUCUCGCCUCAAUCCAUCAACAAGGCGUGCAAUUGUGGGGAGGGUCGUCAUUCAAGAGAAUCAGACAAUUUCCACACCCGUUCGUCAGCCUGAUCGAGUUCUCCCCUGGCGAGUCAUACAUAACCACCUGGUCGAACCAACCCAUUGUCGUUGAAGAAGGAAAAGGACCCCUAACAAUUGAUGAGGAGGGUAAACACAUCAUCAUCUGGGACAUCGAGACAGGCAAACCACUCCGAGCAUUCCAUGCUCACGAUCUGACGCCUCCUCCGGGCACCGAUGCUGCAGCUCUUCCCCCCAAAGCUAAGGUUCAAUGGCCAGCUUUCAAAUGGUCAGCGGAUGAAAAGUACGUCGCUCGCAUGAAACCCCACGAAAGCAUAUCCGUCUACGAACUACCCCGCAUGAACCUGCUGGAGAAGACUUCGAUCAAAGCCGAAGGUAUCAUGGAUUUUGAAUGGUCUCCGGCCAUCACCCAGCGCGAAGGAAUCAAAACCUACGAAUCGCUCCUCUGCUAUUGGACCCCCGAAAUUGGCUCGAAGCCGGCCAGCGUGGCAUUGAUGUCGGUGCCCAGCAAGGAGAUUGUGCGCACACGCAACCUCUUCAAUGUCACCGACGCCAAACUGCACUGGCAAUCUGAAGGCAAAUUCAUCUGCGUCAAGGUCGAUCGACACAGCAAGUCGAAGAAAUCCGUCGGCACCAACCUCGAGAUCUUCCGCAUCCGCGAGAAGGGCGUGCCCGUUGAAGUCGUCGACUCCCUCAAAGAUACCGUCAUCAAUUUCGCCUGGGAGCCCAAGGGCGACCGCUUCGUGCUCAUCACGGCGGGCGAAGCCGUGGCUGGGAGUAACGUCCUUCCCAAGACGGCGGUCUCAUUCUUCGCUCCGGAAAAGGUCAAAGGACCUGGAAUCGGAGGAUUCAAGCUCGUCAAGACAUUCGACAAGAAGAAUAGCAACGGCAUCUACUGGUCGCCCAAGGGCCGAUUCGUGGUUGUCGCGACAGUCUCGGUGCAACAGCACUCGGACCUUGAUUUCUAUGAUAUGGACUAUGAAGGCGAGAGGCCGGAAAACGAUACCGCCGCACAUCUAAAUGCGAACUUGAUGUUGAUGAACAGUGAGGACCACUACGGUGUGACGGAUGUCGACUGGGAUCCAACGGGUCGCUAUGUCAGCACCAGCGCGAGUGUGUGGACACAUCAGAUGGAAAACGGCUGGCGUCUCUGGACCUUCCACGGCACCCUGCUCGCUGAACACCCGACGGAGAAAUUCAAACAACUUCUCUGGCGGCCGCGACCGCCGACGCUCCUGUCGAAAGAAGAACAACGUACCGUCCGUCGCAACCUGCGCGAAUAUAGUAAGGAGUUCGAGGAGCUCGACAAGGAAAUGGAGGAGGGCGCCAACCAGGCCGUCAUCGACGCGCGCCGAAGGCUGUACAUGGAAUGGUACAGCUGGGUGCAGCACGAGAAGGAACUGUUGGCCGAGGAGAGGGAGGAGCUUGGUCUGAAAGAUCCCGAGGAGGAGUUGGCUCUGCAGCGGACGAGGAGCGUCGAGGGCGAGGGCGAGAAGGUCGUCGAGGAGGUCAUCGAGGAGGUGCUGGACGAGACGGAAGAGAUCGUGCAGUAG